AACUUGUCGAAAUAAUAAUAAUAAACUUAUAAAUUAAAAACUAAUUCUGCUUUAUGCGUACAUAAAUUGACUAUGCAUACGGGCAUAAGUAUAAUAUCGAACUCUCACAUAAGUAUAAGGAGAUGGGCUUUUAUAAAAUAUAUUAGAUGUACGGAAAUAUUUAUUUUUAUGGAGGCCGUGGGCGUGGCAGUGGUGGUGGUCGUGGACGUGGCCGUGGUGGUGAUGGCAAUGAAGAUCCACCCACACCUGCACCAAAAAAAUUUACGGGUAAAUGUGACUUGUGCAAGGCCAAAGGCCAUAAGGUCUUAGAGUGUCCACAAUUUCUAGCGAUCAUGGCCAAAGCAAAUGUGAUUAGCCCCUCAAACGGCGCAGAUGAGCUGGGUGGCGCUUGCGGCAGCAUACAUCAGUCGCCUGAUGCUGGUGCAGACGAAGGAAGCACCAUCAGCGACAGCAGCAUCCAUCAGUCACCUGAUGCUGAAAAAAACGGAAGUCAAGAAAAAUAGAAACAAUAAUGCCUAUGGAUUGAAAUUAUAAGUCUGAUAUAAAUGUUAUUGUUAGUUUAACUCACUAACAGUAGGGUGGAGUCACCUUAUGGCCAUUUUUCUAUUGAUAUUUUAUUUAUUCUAUCUACGGUCAUUGAAAAAAAUUACAAUUAAACCAUUAAUAUUUUAUAAGUUCACUAAUACUUGGUUUGAAUUUCAGUCUUACAAACAUUCCUGAAUGAGAAAUUUGUAUUAAUAUUUUAAAACUGAAUUUUCCCUUUCUACGGGCAUAUCAUAUUUGUCUAUCACCAGUCAAUUUCCCCAUCUAUGACCAAUGUAAAAAUAUAUUUUAUUUUAUUUAAAAAUUAAUUAUUAAUAAAAUAAUACCUAUAUAGCUGUGAUAAAUAAUAUAAGUCUUUUUCAUAUAUUUGUUUUUAAAAUUGUAAAUUGUUUGUACAUCUUAAAAUACUCAUAACUGCUUUAAAAUUAAAAUAUAAUAAAAAGCCCAUGAGGUUGUCUAGAUAAUAAUAUCAACCUUUAAAUUUUAUAAAAGGUCAAUUCACUCUAUUUUUUAAACUAACGGAGCUACACGUGUUUGUCUGAUCGUAAAAUGUACUAUGUUGAGCACUUUUAAGACGGAGACAACACAUGCGAGUAUCAUAUGUCCUCUUAAGACUUUGAAAUUCAAACCAAGUAUUAGUGAACUCAUGUAGUAUAAUUAAUGGUUAGAUUUUCAAUUUUUUUCAGUGACCGUAGAUAGAAUAAAUGAAAAUAUCAAUAAUAUACAUUCUAAAAGGUAUUGUUACACAUCAGUAUUAUUAUCUAAAACAAGGUAAUUUUAUGUGAAUGCUAUUUUAAUACAUUAUAAAAUUACAUUAAUUUUAAAAUUAUUUUCAGCUUAUGUAAUUUGGGAUUGGAUAGUAAAAUUACAAGCUGUAUGGAUGGAUCACAGUCAAAUAGUCAAUGGAAUAUUUGCAGAACGUGUGAAUUGUUGUUCCUUUUUUCGAUGGUCAAAUGCAUCAAGUCACAAUGUCAAUCAUUAUACAUCACAUUAUAUCCUUUUUAUAAUAACUAUGCAAACCGGUUUAAUCGUACCACCUACCUGAAUAAUCAGGCAUUCAGUUGGGAAAUUUAAAAUUUUUUUUAUAUAUAUAUCUAUUUUAAUGCGGUUAUUUUUCAUUCAAUGCUUACUAAGUAAUUUAAUUUCUUUUAACAUACAAAAAUAACCCACCCAUGUGAAUGCAUAGUUGAUAUAUCAUUAUAAACUAUUGUUACGAAAGCUAUGAAUUAACUAGGUAAUGUUAAUUCUGACAAUAAACACAGCUGGUAGAACAUGCGAUAUGUUGUAGUUAUAAAUUAGUAUACUAUAGUUAUUAUACUGUAAAAUCUCAACAAGUAAUGGAAAACAAUUACUUUAUAUCAAUUGUAUAUUCAUUAACUUUAUGUUUUAAGAAUAAUCAAAGAAUUAAAUUUAAAUUAAAUAAUAUUUUAAUAAUUACAUAUGCCUGGAUUUUGAGUUUAAGGGGCAUAUUUAUGAACAGAACCAUAGCAAGGUUUAUCAGCUCUCCUUUAACAUAUUAUUAACUUUUGCCCUAAUAAAUUUUUUUUAACCUCCUCCACUACAACAAUACACAUACAACAUUUCUGUUUUGUAUUUAUUAACUUAAGCCUGGAGGCACUCAAUUUCUUCCAAUAGUUCAGUAUGAUCAGUCUUCUUGUGAUAUUUGGAUAUUAGGUGUAAAUAUACAUAGUUAACUAAUUAAUUCUAUUUAAAUCAACAAGAACCACAUUAAUGUGUUAUGUGACCCAUCGGUGUGGAUUAAACGCAUGUUUUUAAAUAUGUUUACAUACUUUGUUAGAUGCAGUUUCUUUUUUUUCUUUAGCAGACUUGUUUUUACUUUUAUCAUACACACUUGGUGAAAACUGUAAAAAGACAUACACAGUCAACAUGUUAAGUUCAUUUUUUUUUUUUUUAGUAUCUUCAAACUUGGUCUUUAGCAAUCAUGAUUCCGAUUGAUUCUUAUCAAAGUGUUAUUGCUUAUAUACUUUUGACCGUUCAACAUUUUCAAAUUUUUUGUUUUGAGAUUAUUAAUUUUUACGUGUAACUUUUUUUCCAAACGUUUCAAAUUAUUAACAGCAACCUAAACAUCACUUUGCAAGAGAACUGGUCAGUAGCACAAGAGUAUACUCUAUUUAUCUAUAACAUAGGUGUAAUCUGGUGAGGUAAGGUUUCCAUAUUUAACAAUAACUGAGAGGGCAAUAAGUGUUAUUUUACUUUAUAUAUUUUUAGUUUUGCCACUGUUUCCCCAUCCCCGUCCGAUAAUUUAUUGUCUAUGCUGAAGGGCUAGGAUAAACUUGAGUUCCAUCUAAAAUUAAACUGAAGUUAUAAUUUUUAGGAACAUUCUUGGGACAUAUUUCCAUAUAAGUGAAAUUGGAAAAAUAUAAACAUUUUAACUUAAAACAAUUAACGGUAAAUAUUUUUUGACAUGUAAACGAAAUAGACUGAAAUUGUGAAAUGUAAUAAAAUUAUAAACAAAAUAAAUUAAUUUAAAUUAAUUCUUAAAAUGAAAAACGAAUUCGUUAAUUUCACGUUAAUUAAAAAAGCAAUGUAGUAGUAGUAAGUUCAUAGGUAAGUUAAUGAAAAUCCAAAUGUAACUAGUUAAGUUAAAAAGUUAAUAUAAAAUAAACUUUUUAACUCGUUAAUGCCCAACCUUGAUUAUAGGUAUUAUGUAUAUUUUGUUCUAAUUUUUGCUCCCCUGGCCUGGGCCAUUCUCGCUAAGCACUUGCUACGGCUCCGUUUAUGAAUACACACAAAUUGUAUGCAUUAUAUAAUUGUAUACAUAGUACCUACUUAUUACAACUCAUUGAGAUUAAUUUAGAAAGUAACUGAAUAACUAAUACGUCAUGUUUCAUAAUAUUAGAUUUAACAUUAGCAUUUUUUUUUUUUUACAGUUUCCAGUGUUUUAAAUCCGUGCAGUGACCAGUGUUUUCCAAAGCCAAACAGUUACCAGUGUUCACCAAAGCCGAACAGUUACCUGUGGUUUCCAAAAGGCAUUCAGCCAAUAUACAUUUUUAAUUUUUGUGUACGUUAAUAGAACUUUUAAAUUGUAUUUUUGUUUAAGACAUUUUUAUUUUUUAUUUUUUGUAUAAUAUAAAGGUUAUUGUUUGUCCA